AUGGCUUCUAUAUCAAGAUGGUUCCUGUUAUUAUACCUCGGUUUCUGCACGGCAUGGAUGGACGAGAGGCCAGUUCUGGAGUCUCGAGACGGACAUCUCAUAAUCUCCAGCGCGAAAGACAGAAACAUCACCCUGAAGAUAAUGGGGGGCGGUUACGUGAACGUCAAUGAGAUCAAUCUGCUUCACGUGGCAUCGGCGGCGCAAAAUGCGACGCGGGUCAUCGACAGGUGGCGGAUGGGAUACUUGGCCGAGAUGGAGAGGUCUCUUCAGCAACUAACAACUAUAGUGACAGGCUCCACAGGUCUACAGAGGAGAGUCACUCAGCUCGAGCGAGAUAUCGACACGAACAUUACGAAUAACGCGGGAAACAGACGUGUACCGCUCAAAGCGUUAGAAGACUCGUUGAGAGCUUUGCAAACGCUUCUCCGAGAGAACGAGUGCCACAGUAACCCGUGUCAAAACGGCGGUACGUGUGAGGACCUCUAUGACUCCUAUCAAUGUCACUGUCCAUCAAAUUGGGAGGGCCCAAAUUGUAUGAUAGAUGUUAACGAAUGCGCGAAGUUUCUUGGCACGGAUCUCGGAUGUCAAAAUGGAGCGACGUGUCGCAACCUACCUGGAUCUUAUCGAUGCGAUUGCCUGCCGGGAUGGUUUGGUCUUCAAUGCACGAAGAAAACGUCGAUUUGCAAUACUGAGAAUUCUGAGGCGCUUUGUGGCGAGCACGGUGUUUGCGUCGCGAAGAGCAGUUCUCUGCUUGGAUACAUCUGUAUCUGCGAUCAAGGAUGGGAGAGCGACGGUACAAGCCCGGCUUGCACCAAGGAUGUAGAUGAAUGUGCAGCAGACCAUCCACCCUGCUCCGUAAAUCCACCGGUGCCGUGUCGCAACACGCGUGGCUCAUUCACUUGCGGCGCCUGUCCGCAUGGUUAUAGCGGAAAUGGCUAUUAUUGCACCGACAUUGACGAGUGUCUGAUUAACAACGGUGGCUGCAGUACCUCACCUUAUGUGCCCUGCAUGAACACGAUGGGUUCCCGAGUAUGUGGAUCUUGUCCGACAGGAUACCGAGGUGACGGUGUUAAUUGCAUUUUUACCGGCGGUUGUUCCAUCAACAACGGCGGCUGUCACCCGCUAGCAAUCUGCACCGAAAACCCAUCGCUUACGAGUUCUUACGUGCUGUGUCGUUGCCCACCGGGUUUCAUCGGUAAUGGAAUGGGACCAAACGGCUGUCAAUUAGCUGAUGUAUCGGUUAAUACAGCGUGUUCUAGCAACCCUUGCGUUCACGGCACAUGCGUGCCAAACGGUGCAAAUGGCUUCACUUGCACGUGUAGUCCGGGAUAUUCAGGAACUACGUGCAACACGCCAGCUGACCCGUGCACGCCAAAUCCCUGCCAAAAUAACGGCGUUUGCGUCGUUUCAAAUGGACAAGCGACGUGUGAAUGCACAUCCACCUUCACAGGAAGCAGAUGCGAAACACAACGGCAGUCGUGCGGUGGGGUGUCACGGAAUCUAAUAGGAAGGCUUCAAUUCCCGACCAGCGGUAGUACUUAUCAGCAUGGAUUGAGUUGCGCUUGGGUGCUGAUCACGGAUCCCUCGAAGGUCCUGAACGUUACCUUCACGUCUUUUCAUCUCGAGCAGUCCACGGACUGCAAGUUUGACUUCCUGCAGGUGCGAUGUUCCUUCAGCGGUCGAAAGAAUUUCGUGUACUUUUUAUCAGGAAUCACUGUGUUUAUCCACGAUGGAAAGAACGCCGGUGGUCAAAUGAUCAACAGAUUCUGCGGCAACACAUUGCCCAACGGAAAUGGCAACAUCGUCUCAUCUCAUAAUUCUCUCUACUUGUGGUUUCACUCAGACAGCAGUAUAUCUCACGACGGAUUCGCUUUCCAAUGGAACAGCAUCGAACCUAUUUGCGGAGGUGUUUUAGUAGAUGACUAUGGCACAAUCACGUCCCCGGGUUCACCGGGUAGAUAUCCUCCAAACAGGGAUUGCUACUGGAACAUUUUAGUGCCAGAAUCGAAGAGGAUUCAAUUCCAUUUUGGCCAAUUAAUGCUCGAGGAACAUCCAACUUGCACAAAUGAUUAUUUAGAGAUUACUGGUUUAGAGGAAGAGCGUUUAGGGCUUUACUGCAAUCACACGCGGCCACCGCCUCUCACCACACCGAAUUCAGCAGCGAGUAUUCAUUUUCAUUCCGAUAGUGCCGGUCAAGAUGUUGGCUUCCAGAUCCAUUAUACGAUGGUCGAAGGUAUACCAGGUUGUGGUGGAAUUUACACCACUUCCAGUGGUACGAUUACUUCACCUGGCCACUCGUCGACCUAUCUUCCGAACAUGCAAUGCGAAUGGAAGAUACAACUACCACCAGGCGAGCGAAUCCGAAUAGCGUGGUUGCGAUUCGAUCUCGAGGUGUCCACCGAUUGCCAUUUCGACUUUGUCGAGAUCUAUGAUGGACCCGAUACGUCUUCCAACUUAGUCGGUAGAUAUUGCGGAUCGCAAUUACCGCCAGUGGCUAAAUCGACCUCGAAUAUCCUCAUUGUGGUUUUCAAGUCUGACUGGUCAUUCGAAUCAGAGGGUUUUGCUAUGUCUUACGAAACUUUAUGUGGUAACGAGUUCCGUGAAGAAACCGGAAUCAUCCAAUCACCCUCCUAUCCAAACACCUAUCAUGAAUCGAAGACGUGUACUUACGAAAUUAUACAACCUGUCAAUAAGGCAAUUAAGUUGACUAUAUUAGAUAUGGAUAUCGAAGGCAAUAACCCGGACUGUUAUUACGAUUACAUCGAGAUCCACGAUGGUGAUAAUGACAAUGCAACGAAACUCGCCACAUUAUGCGGUAGUCAAUAUGACAUUCCUCUGACUCCUUUCAUUUCAACGCAUAAUUAUAUGUUCAUUAAGUUCACGACCGAUAACAGCAUCGAAGGUCGAGGUUUCAAAGCCAACUAUACAACCGUUGAUCGCAGAUGUAGCGGGUUGCUAAAAGAAUCAAGCGGAAUGAUUGAAUCUCCCCUUGAAGAAGGACAUUACUUGAAUAACGAGAAUUGCAUUUGGACUCUCCAAGCACCUGCAGGAUAUGGUGUACAACUCACCUGGUUGUCUUUCGACGUGGAAUUCCACCGUCGAUGUGCCUACGAUUACGUCCAAAUUUACGAAAACUACACUUCCUCUUUGGAAAACGUAAUCGCCACAUACUGUGGUACCAAAACACCAGCCAGUUAUACAUCACAAAGUAAUACACUAACCAUAGUCUUCAAUACUAACUCUGUCAGCACCAGCACUGGAUUUGUCGCCUCUUAUAUAUUCGUUGACUUGACUAACGUCUGUGGCGGUCAUUAUAUGAAAUCGACUGGCGUUAUCAGGUCGCCAGGUUAUCCUGAUAAUUAUGAGAACAGGAAGGAAUGCGUUUGGAUUAUCGAAGCACAGGACAGACACAGGAUCAUACUUACAGUGAAUCACUUUCAGUUGGAAUCUCAUUCGUCUUGCACAUUUGAUUAUCUAGAAAUUAGAAAUGGUGGAUACGAAUCCUCGCCGCUAAUCGGUAAAUUCUGUGGCACAGAUAUACCAAAUGUAAUACCAAGUCAAUCCAAUCAAUUGUAUAUUAAAUUUCAUUCGGAUUUCUCAAGGAGGUACGAAGGCUUCGAGAUAGAAUGGGACAGUACAACGCAGGGAUGUGGUGGUACGAUGAACGGAGUUACCGGAGAAAUAACAUCUCCAAAUUAUCCCGAACCUUAUUCGUACAAUGCAGAGUGCUACUGGAAAAUCGCUGUAUCGGCGGGUAGCAUAGUGCAACUCGAAAUAAUUGAUCUCGACCUCGAGCACGAAAGCCACGAGAGGUGUCGAUUUGACUUCAUUGAAGUAUUUGAGGGCAUCAGUCGUCGUGUGAGCAAAGGACGUUACUGUGGCGUCACGUACCCGAGGAUUAUUCAAUCGAGAACCAACGAAAUGACUGUUCGAUUCCGUAGCGACUUCUCAAAUUCCGCCAGAGGUUUUCAUUUAAAAUACGAAACACAAUGUAAUAACACACUACAUGGCUUCUACGGUGUGAUAGAAUCACCGAAUUUCCCCAACAAAUACGAUCACAUGAUAAACUGCAGUUGGAAGAUCGAAGCUCCGAUUGGCAACAAGAUAAAUUUAACUUUUUCACACUUUGAUCUUGAAGGAGACAACGAUCCUGACAAUAAUUGCCAAUAUGACUACCUUAAAAUUGAGGAAAAUUCAGGUGACGGGCGCAAUUCUGAGCUAGGUCGCUUUUGUGGUACCGUCAACUUACCGAUGAAAAUAAGCUCAACCAAGCAUAUAGUUAUUAUAAAUUUCAUCACGGAUUCCUUUAUCGCCUUUAAUGGUUUUCGGCUUGAAUGGGCGAUUUACGGUUGCGGUGGACUUUUCACUAAACCUGUCGGUAGUUUUACGUCACCCGGAUAUCCUUCUGGUUAUCCGAUAAAUAUCGAUUGCGAAUGGCUCAUCGAAGUGGAUUAUAUGCAUAGCAUCGAGCUCACUCUUCACGAGGUGAACACAGAGAAACAAAAUACAUGUUCCUUCGAUAAAAUCCAAAUCUACGGCGGCCAAGACGCGAACGCGCCGAAAAUGGCCGAACUUUGUCAUUCAGAAAAACCAGUGAUCUCUACUAGUCCUGGAAAUAAAAUGUUCGUGAGAUUUCAUUCGGACUUUUUAUACAUUGGUCGAGGUUUCAAUGCUAGUUACAAAGCCGUUCCUAUCACGUGCGGCGGUAAAUUUACAACACCAUCGGGCAUUAUUCACUCAGCUAAUUACCCUCAGAAUUAUCCGCACGGUCAGAAUUGCGAAUGGCUGAUAGAAGUCGACAAUAAUCACGUUAUAAAUAUUACAUUUUUGGAUUUCGAUAUCGAGAACAGCAGGAAUUGCACUGAUGAUUACUUGAAGAUCUUUGACGGGCCAACACAAAACGAUCCGUUACUAGGAACGCAUUGUCACAAUCAGCUGCCACCGUCCUAUGUAUCGACUGGCAAUCAAAUGUUAGUAGCCAUGCGGACCGACACCAUCAUCUCAGCGAAAGGUUUCAAAGCUGCAUACUCUCGAGCCUGCGGUGCUCGCAUAACCGUGAGAGAUCACGGUUUCCUUACAAAUCCGGAUAUGCAUAUCGGCGGCACUAACUGCACUUGGAUAUUGAUAGCUGAAAAUCCAGCCGACCAUGUAACUUUAACUUUCACGCAUAUGGGGUUGAACCCUGCCCCUAGAAUGGUAUGGGGCGAUCCCUGUGUUACGAACUUUAUUGAGGUGUACGAGGGUGACGGCAUCGACAGUGUACCUUUGGCAAAGUGGUGCAACAAUGUCGCUCCACCGCCGAUUACAAGUACCGGAGGUUCGCUCACGGUGCUCCUGUUCGUACAAACUGAGUUCAUAGGCCACUUCGCUGCAACUUAUUCCGUCAUAAACACAGCCUGCGGCGGGAAUUAUACAUCUGAGCAAGGUAUAAUCGCCUCGCCGAGUUACCCGAACAGCUAUCCUUUGAACUCAGAGUGCGUCUGGAUUUUGAAUACCUCACCCGGUAACAGGAUUAGUCUUACGUUCUCCCAGUUUGAUGUUGAGGCGAGCGAAAACUGCGAUAUGGACUACGUCGAAGUGCGGGAGAACAGCGGAAUUGGGAAGCUGAUUAAUGUCUUUUGCGGCAAAGACGCCACAACGAUUACUUCCUCCGGCAAACUGUGGAUCAAAUUUAAAAGUGACGAUUCGGGCACCGCUAAAGGCUUCACGGCCGAAUAUAAUUUCAUCGGAGGUAACGAACUCGAAGGACCACUAGGACGCAUUACCUCGCCAUUGUACCCGAAACUUUAUAGAAAACUGGCUAGAUUCUCGUGGCGCGUCACAGUUAACAUGGAUUCGGCCAUACGUAUCCAAUUUAGAGAUAUACAGAUGGAAAAUCUAAGCAACUCUGGAAAUUGCGCUGCUAGUGUUGAUAUAUAUGACGGAUACGACGACAACGCGCCAAAACUGCUAGAAGCCUGCGGUUUCAGUCUGCCAGACCCAGUGGAAUCAUCUAGCAAUGUGGUUUACAUACAAAUGAAGAGUUCUUUAGUUAAGCAGGGGAAUUUGUUUGAUCUCACGUGGCUAGAAAUACCGAGAGAAACCUACAGGGGGAGUAACAGAGAAAUCAAACUGUCAGAAUGCAACAAGGAAAUAGCUCUGAUAGGGGAGCUCAAUAAUUCAUACUCCUUCAGCUCUCCCGGCUGGCCUACCGGUUAUGCACACAAUCUGCGUUGCAAUUGGGUCUUCACAUCACCGCCUGGAACGCAUUUAGUGUUGCGAAUAAUAUCUAUGAAUUUGGAAGAGACGAUGAAUUGUGUGGCGGAUUCCUUGUCCGUAUAUUCGGGAUACGCGUUGAUAUCCACCGAGGACGCCAAACUGGAAAGUAAAAUAUGCCUGGCGAACUCUACCAUGUCCUUGAUCAAGGGAACUAACGUGAUGACGGUGAAAUUCGAAACAGAUUCGUCUGUCAAUAAGACUGGUUUCAGCGCAUACGUGUAUCGAGAUUGCGGAGGUAAAUUAACUGACCCCAACGGUGUAAUUGAGUACGGCAAUACCUCGAUGAGAGAGAGACGCACGUGGGCUCAUAAUACUGGAUGCGACUGGACUGUCGAGGUGAAAUCCGGCAGAACUAUCAAAGUAGAGAUUACCAAUAUAUCGAUAUCACAGACAUCCGAUCAUACCUGCACUGACAAUUACCUGUUGUUGAAGAACGGAGGCGAUACGUUCGCACCUCUAUUAGGCAACGGGAAAUAUUGCGGCGAGGAGCCACCCGCCGAACUAGAAACCAUCGGAAAUCGCCUUUUUGUCAGAGCUGUUUACCACGGAUCUCCCAUGAGCUUUAAAUUAACUUACAGGGAAGUAAGCAUGAACUGCGGCGGUGAAUAUAUCUUGAAGGACAAACAGAAAUCAUGGGAAAUAUCUACCCCCAACUAUCCAAACAUUCCGCCAACUUACGCCGAAUGCACUUGGAGGGCUAUCGCUCCAGCUGGCGAGAAACUUUCUAUCCAUUUUCCGGAGAGGUUCGAUUUAAGCUCUAGUCCAAACUGCGAGAGAGAAUAUGUCGAGAUAAGAGACGGCGGUACUGAUAGUUCAAGGACUUUGGGGAGAUACUGCAAAGAUGUAGCACCCAGUAGUAUGACUACCACUGGCAACAUGAUGUACAUUCACUUCUAUACUGACUUACCGGAGCCGAAGAAUGGCUUCAAAGCCGUGAUUUCGUCCGCAGAAGUCUGCGGUGGAAUUUUGCGUGGUACCAGUGGUGUCAUCGAGUCGCCGAAUUAUCCGCACUUCUAUCCUACGAAUCAGUCAUGCACGUGGUGGAUAAUAGGACCGACGGAUCAUACUUUGAAAUUGCAAUUCCGCGAUAUACACCUUCCUGGCUUCCGCCUGUGCGAUUCAAGUGAUCACGUUGAAAUCGGCGAGAGAAUAAUGGAACCUAAUACGCCCAUGCCAAUCGGAACCUACUGUGGUCUUCUAACACCGGACGUGAUCGAGACAUCGAGCAACGAAGCGUACAUCAACUUCAAGAGCGAUAACAGGGAGUUCAUGAUUUACAGAGGCUUCAGUAUAAACUUCACGGCUAGCCAAGAAACAUGCGGCGGUUCAUUAACCGCAAUGAGUGGAAUAAUUAAGUCACCCGGAUAUCCAAAUCCACGUACACGGCCCAGAUAUUGUGACUGGCGGAUUGAAUUGCCGUAUGGUUAUCAAGUCGUAGUGAAUAUUUUUGAUUUAGAUAUCGUUAACACGUCUGGACCAAUGCACAUAGGAUACUCACUUUCGUUCUACAACGAUUUUCGCUUUAAAUCGAAAAUUAAAACCUUGGGGCGCGUUUCACAAGCGAGCACGGAGGAGAUAAAGAGUUCUAGUAAUACCAUGAUUAUCGGCUAUUGGUCCUCCUCCGGGCACAGAGGUUUCAAACUCCGGUACACCGCUCAGGCACCGAAUGCCUGCGGUAGAAUUCUGACGAAUUCGGAAGGUAACAUAACGGGCCCUGUAAAUCUACCUUUCAAUGAGUCUUCGUACAUCUGUAAUUGGAAACUGUCGCAGCCCUUUGAAUAUCUAUCCAGAUCUGACGGCAACACGAGCAAGACAUUGACGUUAAAAGUGACUGGAAACUUUGGCGGAUCUGAAGCUUUCAGGGGAAACUGCAUCUUCCCUCAAUACAUCGAACUUCGUGAUAUCGGAAUAUUAUGCGGAAAUAUAACGGAGCCGAGGUAUUUGAGAAGUCCUAAAGGAAUAAACGAAUUGACGAUAUUAAACGGCACUUUUGGAAAGCGCAUGUCCUACAAUAUACAAUACCAAUGGCAGCCUUGCGGUAAUAUUUUGGGAGGCCCGAGGCAUACCAUUAUAUCUCCGAAGAAUCUUUCCUAUCCAAUAAAUUGCGUCUGGCACGCAAACUACCCUGACAACGGUGAAACGAUCAGUCUCACUUUCGCAAGAUUUAAUGUUGGCACUUGCGACCAGGGUUACAUCAUCGUCAAGAACGGUGGUGCCACGUCGCCGGAAAUUGGAAAGUUUUGCGGUAAUGUGAGACCCUACAACAUCACCAGUAUAUCGAAUCAACUAUGGAUAGAAUAUUUCGCGACAGGCGAUCCGAACGACUUCGAAUUUACUCUGAAUGUUGCGAGUGCAGGCUGCGGCGGAACGUUACGCGGUCGCAGUCGCGAAAUCUUGUCGCCGGAAUAUCCGAAACAAUAUCCGAACAACGGCGAAUGCACAUGGGAGAUAAUGGGAGACAUUGGAUAUCACCUAGGCUUAACAUUCAUUGAGCGGUUCAGUUUGGAGACCAGUACCAAUUGCGAGAAAGAUUACCUACAGGUGUUUGAUUGGAUCAACGAAGAGGAAAGUGGCAACGGCGAAUGGAAGAGUCUCGGCAAGGUUUGCGGCAGGAACACACCUGCGCCCUUUAACUCGACGUCGAAUCGCAUGAAAGUGAUUUUCCAUUCGAACGAGGCGGUACAGUCGGACGGUUUCCGUGCCGUCUGGAGCGAAAAUUGCGGCGGUGUUUUCCAGGCGACCAAGAACGCCAAGACCAUUCAAUCACCGUCGUACCCGAAUAUGUAUCCAUCCAACAUAUCCUGCAAUUAUACCAUUGUCGCGCAAAACGACGAUAUUAUCGUCGAUUUUACUGAUUUCCAGCUGGAGCGCGGUCGUGACUGUCGCUUCGAUAACAUCACAAUUAUCUCAGAAGAUCUGUUUGAGAUAGAGAAUGUGGAGACUUACUGCGGCAUCAACAAACCACCGAUUGUGAGAUCUAUGUCGCAAAUACAAAUUCUUUUCAUGACAGACAAGUUCGUGCAGCGAAAAGGCUUUCAAUUUAAAUAUUUCCUCAACCAAUGUGGCGGUAUAAUUACAAAGCCCGCUGAACUGAAGCCUUUGAUGCACGGAGAGGAGUAUUUCGGACGCAUGAAUUGCACUUGGGUCAUUAAAGCCCCGCAAGGGAAGAGCGUGCUCAUACGAUUCGAGAAGUUCAUCCUUGAGUUUAGCGUAGGUUGUUACUUCGACAAUGUGGCCGUUUACGAAGGCGAUUUGGUUAAGAAAAACAAACGUAUAGCUCUGAUCUGCGGAAACUUGACUGCGAAUCUACCCACUUUCAAGUCCCAAUCCAAUUUCAUGGUCAUCAACUUUAACGCCGACAGCUCGAGGCAUUUCGAAGGUUUCACAGCUAAGGUAUUGUUCAUGACGAGUCCGGCCGAUGGUUGUGGAGAGAUUAUCAAUAUGACUUCGAUUCGAUCGAAAUCAUUUAGAACUCAACAGGCAGCAACUUAUCAGUCGUUUGAAGAAUGCCACUGGACUGUGGUGACAUCGCCAGGCAAAAAUAUUAGGCUUAUCAUCAAUAGCAUGGACAUCAAGAACUCGACUAAUAACAUGACUAGUAACAAAUGUACCGGCGAUUAUCUUGAAGUCCGAGAUGGCGGUGGAUCUUAUGCCGAUAUUAUAGGUCAAUAUUGCGGGAACGUAGCGCCAAUUCCAAUAUUAAGUUCCUUGAAUAUGUUGUGGAUGAAAUUUUACACUGACGGCACAGCUGAAGGCGCCGGUGCAACAGCCACCUUGGAAGCUGUAGACUCAACAUGCGGCUUAAGCAGUCGAACGAUAAACGGGACAAGACAGACGCUUACUUCGCCGGGUUAUCCGAAUACAUACGAACCUGGAAUUCAAUGUCGUUGGAUCUUACAACACCCUGACCAAUACAGGGAUAGAUUGCGAAUUCAGUUUAUAGAUUUUGACAUGGAAGACUCCGACAAAUGCGAAAACGAAUACUUAGAGAUUUCUGAGGAGUCGAAAUAUAUAAACGAAGGCUUCGGGGAGAACUUCGUUUACAGCGGAGAGCAAAAGCAUCCAAUUUCCGUCGAGAUGGGCAGCCGGUUACCUUAUUCCACAUACAAAUAUUGUGGUGGCGCACUACCGCACGAUUAUCACAGUUACAGCAACAAUAUUCAAAUAUUGUUCAAAUCGAUGUACAGCGGCCACAAAGGCUUCAAACUUGAAUACAGUACGGCAGGCUGCGAUCAGAAUUUCACGAGUGAGCAAGGGCGAGUCGUUCAUCGUGAAUUCAAGAACUGCUGGUUCACGAUCACAGCACCGGCGAACAGCACCAUUUCCCUAUAUUUCAAUCAAUUCGUCAUUUACGACACAGCACCUUGCACGCAUUACGCACUUCAAGUUCACGACGGUGAUACGAGCGGCCCGCUUAUAGCCACGCUAUGUGAGGGAGGGUUACCGAGUCCGAUUUUCAGCACCGGCAACAAGCUCACCUUGCAUUCCUGGGCCGAGAACAGCAACUCUUAUCAAAGUUACGAUAUCACUUACACGACCACGAACGCAGGUAGGGGCUGCGGCGGUCGCCUAUUCAAUUACGGCGGCAAAUUCACCUCGCCGUUGUAUCCAAACAUAUACCGCAACAAUACGGUGUGCACUUGGGACGUGAGCGUGCCGCGCGGCUUCAAGGUCCUCCUCCAGUUCCGCAUUUUCGACAUCGGCACGAGGAAGAACUGCGAAAACAACAAUCUCAAAAUCUACGACGUCGGUCCCAGCGGAACGCUCUUAAGCAACACUUACUGCGGCGGGGAUGAUCCGGCAAGAUUUGAAGCGGCGAGUAAUCGAAUUCUCGUAACGUAUACUUCGACAGUGAACAACGUGGGGUCAGGAUGGGUCAUUAUAUUCAUGGCGCAAUCGAUUGCUAAUCCCAUGGAAAUAGCGGAUAAUUGGUAAGGAGAACAUCAAGUCAUCAUGGAAGGCGAUGUGCGUAAAUAAAGAACUCGACAGCAAAUAUCGUGAG